GCUGUCUCCCUAUAAAAGCACCCCCUUACACAAAGUUAUUUUUUCUUUCUUUCUUUCUUUCUUUUUUAUUAUUAUUUACUCUUUUUCUUUUCUCUUCUUUUCUUCUUAUCAAUUAUGACUAAAGAUAUUUCACCCCCAGCAACACCACCUACUUAUAGCCCAAUACCUUAUAGAUUUGAACUAGAACGGAAACCUGUAGAUGAUCAUCAAUUAUUAUUGCAAUCAUUUUUAUUACUAUCCCCAAUUCAAAAAAAAUAUUUCUUACAUGAACUCGUUGACAGUUGUGAUAAUUCUCAACUUACUUUCUUAAACAGUCUAAUUGCACCACGACUUAAAGUUGAUUUUAUUAAAGAAUUACCACCUGAAAUUGCACUUCACAUCUUAUCCUUUGUUGAUCUUCCUUCUGACUUGCUUCAUGCUAUUUCAGUAUCCAAGUAUUGGCAUUCUCUUAUUCGUGAUGAUAACCGACUUUGGAAGUUAUUAUGUAAAAAAUAUGAUUACCUCGUUGAUGUCGGUGAUGACAGCCAUAUUUGUUAUCGAGAUUUAUUCAAACGCAGAUAUAGUAUUGCUUGUGCUUGGAACCAAGGUGGUAAAGUAACAACAGUCGAUAAUGGCUUUUCUCAGGGACUUGUUACCUCUUUACAAUUUGAUGAAAAAUUUAUUGUUGUUGGAUGCGAUAAUCAUCGCAUAGAAGUUUUUAGCACCAGCACUGGUAAAAAAAUUAGAACUUUAGAAGGACAUGAAGGUGGUGUUUGGGCCCUACAAUUUAAAGGAGGUGAAAAAGAAGAUCCUGAAAGAGUAUUACUUUCAGGUGGAUGUGAUAGAGAUGUAAGAGUUUGGGAUUUAAAUCAAGGCAAAUUACGUUAUAUACUUCGUGGUCAUACAUCCACUGUAAGAUGUUUAAAGAUAAGGGACAAAAGAAUUGCUGUUACUGGCUCACGCGAUACAACUUUAAGAGUUUGGGAUAUUAAACGAGGUGUACUAUUACAUGUAUUAACAGGUCAUCAAGCUUCUGUGAGAUGUGUCGAUAUUUACGAUAAUUUUGUAAUUUCUGGAUCAUAUGAUUCUACAGCACGUAUUUGGGAUUUAGAGACAGGACAAUGCAAACACACUUUAAUAGGUCAUAUUUCUCAAAUUUAUACAAUUGUUACAAAUGGAAAUAUUAUUGCGACUGGGUCAAUGGAUGCUCAUAUCCGUAUUUGGUCAUUAGAAACAGGUGAAUGUCUAUCGACUUUACAUGGUCAUACCUCCUUAGUAGGUCAAUUACAAUUAUCAGGCACAACUCUAGUAAGUGGAGGAGCAGAUGGAUGUUUAAGAGUAUGGAAUAUGAACACAUUUGAAUGCACACAUCAAUUCUCGGCGCAUGAUAAUUCUAUUACAUGCUUACAAUUUGAUGAAGAUCAUAUUCUUAGUGCAGCAAAUGAUGGUAAAGUUAAACUAUGGGAUAUAAAACAAGGAAGACUUGUAAGAAACUUUACUCAACCAUCUAAAAUUGUCUGGAAGAUUCAGUUUAAUAAGACAAAGGCAGUUAUUUUAAUGCAAAGAUCAAGGUCAAAUGAUUCAAUAGAAGAAGGUAAAACUGUGAUGGAAAUUCAUGAUUUUGAUUUAUCUCCUUUUCCUAUCCAAGAUUUGUAAUUCUCUUUCUUAUUCUCCCUUUUUUUUAUGUGAUAC